UCUCCAAUAACAUAUUUGGACCAUAAUUUUACAAAACAAAAUAAUGACAUGUCAAAUAUGUAUAUUGAAAAGAGACAACAUAAAAUAAAACGCUAUACAAUAAAUAAAGCCUAAAUACUUGAAAACAAAUACAGAAAAAUACCAAUGAUGGGAGGAUCAUUACUACUGAUGCUUGAAGAGUCGAUCCAUGGAACCAAUAUCUGUUAAAGUUGAAUGGAGAUACUGGUUCAAGUCUGAUAUAUAUUCAGAUAUUUCUAGAGAUUGCUGUGGACUUACAACAUUUAAUAGAACUUUGUAAAAGAUUAUUUUUUUGAAAAAUGAAUGAAAUAUUGAAACUUAUAUUAAUUCUAUUAGUCUCUUUAAUUGCAUCGAUUCACUCGGAAAGUUAUGAAAACGCGACAAAACUACGUGGGGAUCUGCUUACUAACUAUGAACGGUCCGUACGACCGCUAAAAAAUCUAACUGGGGUUCUUAAUAUAAACACAACCGUUGCGCUGUACGCAUUGCUCGACGUUGACAGUGUUAGAGGUGUUGUAACGUUAGUCCUAGCUUUGACCUGUAGCUGGUUUGACGAAAAACUGAAAUGGAAUCCUACCGAUUACGACGGAAUACAAAAAAUCGACUUCUUCCAAAAUGAGGUUUGGAAACCACCGAUGACACUUUCAACCCCAGUCGAGUUCACGGUGUUGAUUGACUCUAAAAUGUUUGUCACCGUGUCGUCAGAUGGGUUGGCCUUGACAUUCAAUGGAGAAGUCUUAGAAAGUAACUGUGAAUUCAACAUGCAGUUUUGGCCUUUUGAUAAACAAAUAUGUGAUGUCUGCUUUGUUCCCAUGGGUUAUCACCCCGAUGAGGUGCAGUCAAAUAUUCCAGAUCCGGGGAUAACUCUUUUUAAGACCGGAAAUUCUGAGUGGAUCAUUGAAAAGACUAGUUAUUUCAUUACCAAUCGAUACAGUCUGUCCGAGCCAUGUUUCCGGUUCUAUCUUCGACGAAAAUCUACUUUCUACAUGUUAACUAUCAUCGUUCCUAUCGCGGGGAUGAUCAUCACGAGUUCCCUCGUGUUUUUGCUACCAAACGAGUCAGGCGAACGAAUCAGUUAUUCGAUUACCAUCAUGCUAGCUCUGGCCGUGUUUCAAACAGUCGUCGCUGAUGAAAUGCCGAAAACUUCUGAACCAACUGCCGUCAUAUGCGUAUUUUUACUGAUGGGCAUGAUCGUUAGCAUGUUAUCCAUGGUGAUAGUAAUUCUGAAUAUGAGACUUCACCAAAAGAGCGACACGUCGCGCUUGGGCUCAUGGUAUACUCUUUUUGUAAAGAUCAUGGCACGUCAAGGCUGUAAGGGUCAUUGUAGGAACAACCGUGUAGAAGACGAUGUUAAUGAAGACACUACGAUGGCAGCAAACAAUGCAUUUGAAACGGAAAAGAUGGGAAAAUCCCGAAAGUUUAUCGAUUCAAAAGCUGACAAAAAUGGUUUGGUGUUUGUAGAACCUAUUGACAAUAAUGUAGAUAAUGAAAACAAUUUUGAAACUGUUACUUGGAAAGAUGUUAGCCAUGCUGUGGACAAUAUGUGCUUCAUUGUCAUUGCUGUGUUUACAACAGUGGGAUCUAUCUGUUGCCUGAUAUACAUGGCAGAUUCAUCCACGUAUGUGGAGCCUUGAGUGAUUAAGACUACUUUCAAAUAACUUUGAACAUUUGGCAAGUCUUAGCAUGUUGUGUUUUUGUUGAAGGGGCAAAAGAGAUGUUAUUACAGUUCCAUUAAUUAUUGACGUUAUUAACUUAUAUUAAUAUUAUAAUUGACGAUAUUGUUAUGCAUCUGUGUCAUCGUCGUUGACUAUCUCAUGCAAACACAUUGGACAUAAAAACAAAAACCGUUCAAUAAUUAACAUGCAACUUGAUAUGCCUGUUGUACUUGUGAAGACCAUAACACUUGUUUUCAUAAUGAUUGAUGAGUUAUGCCCCUUUUUGACUAAAUAGCAAUAGUAGUUGGUGUUCUUUGCGAGUAUCUAGAAAUAUUUUUUCAACAGUAGAAUGAGUUGAUUUGAUUAGAGGUUUUUCCAUGCAAUUAUUUAUAAUUGAUUAUGAUGCCAUAAGUCAUAUGUUAUUAAACAUAUAAACAAGCAAUAACUUAAACUAUAAUGAUAAACUUUGUGUGUAUGAUCGCUUGAAAUUACUGGCUAUUGGUUUCUUAUUAAAACUUCACAGAGGAAUGAUCGUAUCACAACGUUUGUCCGUUGAAUGGCCUGUUAAAGGGCAUAACUGAGUAAUACUCAAAAUCAUUUAAAAAAAAAAGAACUUAAAUGUUCAAACCAAAUAAUAUCGAUAUACCCACAAUAUAACCGAAGCCUACGCAGUGAUUUCCCUUGACGUGCAGAUAAAAUCCCUUCGACCCUAUAAGAACAUAGCUUGAUUCCAACUAUAUCGUUUUUUGAAUCAUAGUUUUAUUCACGAAUGGAUGCAAUACGUUGCUUAAAAUCCAUUAAAUAAUGACGUUAUCAAAGUUUGUUUUCAAAUGAAGCGAGGAAUCUUUCCAAAUUAAGUCACGUGAUUUAAUCAUCAAAACCUGAUUUGCAUGACGACGGUGACUUCUGUACGACAAAAGCAAGAAACCGCUUAGUGGAGAUUGUCAGAGUGUGGCUAGGGUUGUAUAAUUAAGUAGACUGAGAUGAACAUUUACUUCAUGCUUUCUGAUGGUUGAUAAAAAUUUAUCGGUGAUAUAUAUUUGACAUUUCACUGUUUUAUAACAAUGAAGUAUGAAAUAAAUUGUAGUUAUAAAAUCUGACCAUUUGUCUGUAAAUCGUACACAGCUGGGAUAUUUCUUUUCAAUGAAGUCAUUUACGAAACUACGUGACAUUAGCAAUAGAUUUAGUGUGCUUUUCAGAUAAAAUACUUAUAUUUGAUGUUAUUUUUCAAAUACCUUUAAAACAUGUGAUAGAAUGAAAAAAAAAGCGUGUCAGUUAGAUAUCCGUUAUUUUUCAUGUCUUUAACAUCGAAAGUUAUGCAAUUGUGGCGCAGUGAAAAUAUGCCUUUCGGUCCUCUCUCGAUUACACAUCAUUAAUUUCUCACUAAAUCCAAUAUCCAGUAUCCUCUAUUUGAUUUAGUACUUAACUAAAGCCGUAUACAAAAUACAAUACAUUUACGCGUAUUUCAUAAUUAAGAAACUACCGAAAAGAUUUAACCAAAAGUAGAAACAGUCAGAAUUGUUUGUCUGAUGAAGGGGAAAAAGGGUAGGUAUGGAGUUUUCACACCAGUUUAGAACGACUGUUUAUAUCUAAUAAGUAGACAUUAAAGACGUGACAGUGAGACUUAUCAAACAAAUACAAUCUAUAGAAACAGCGGGACCAAAUGAUAUUAUAUUAUAUAGUAUUUUCCCUUUACAUAUGCAACUGAUAAAUUAUGUGUUUUGCUUGUACAUUUGAUAAAUAAACUAUUCAUGAAACGGAUAAUAUUCAAAUUUCAGAUAUGAAACUUGUAUUUCUUUAGAAUAAAUCUCCCAGACACAA